GUAAAUGUUGGAGACGAUAGGAAAAUAAGAUGUGAAGAGGGUUUUUUUUUUAGGCCAAACGUUUACUAAACUAUGAUGAAUGGUGGAGGUGCUUCAAUAAGCAGCAGCAGCAGCAGUCUUAUCUCUUCGACACACACACACAGCUUGGCCGGAACGUUAUCCACACAGCGUGACCCUGUGCCCACCUCUCUCUCUCUCUCUCACACACACACACACACACACACAAGCACACACACCUUGCUGCAUUGUGACUGAGGUAGAAACAGGAGUGGAAGAGCAGAAAGGAGGACGUAGUGGAGCAGCACUGAACAGUCUAAAGAGCUCAAUCAGGCAGAAGUGUACCUAUAAAGCAGAACUAUAACAGAACUAUAACCUCAAAUAAAAACGCCCUCUCACUAGUAUUGAAACCUACGUAUACAAGCUGCAACUGUCCCUUUAAGAAACAUGACACAGGAAGAAAGUGAAAGUAGUGGUUAUUCUUGGGAAACGUCCUCUUUGUACUCUGUAGCCCGACACACAGAUAAAUGGCCUUGAGCACCACUCUCUUAUCUGAGGAGCAGCUGCUUUGUUCCAUCUGCUUGGACGUGUUCACUCGACCCGUUUCCACUCCAUGUGGACACAACUUCUGCAUGACCUGCAUCACAACCUACUGGAGCGACACACCCGUGUGCCAGUGCCCGCUCUGUAAGGAGACGUUUGAACGGAAACCAGAACUCAAGGUCAACACUUUCAUUUCAGAGCUGGUGUCACAGUUUAUGUCACUUCAAAUAACAGAUGCUCACAUCCGGAGCCUAGAGCAACAGCAGGCUAACUCUGGCAGUACAGUGCUGUGUGACAUUUGUACUGGCACCCAGGAAAACGCUGUUAAAUCCUGCCUGGAGUGUCUGACUUCUUACUGCAAUGUUCAUCUAGAGCCUCAUCACAGAGCUGCCGGACUGAAGAGACACACGCUGGUUAACCCUCUGACAAGGCUGGAGGACAGGAUCUGCAAGGAGCAUAACCGCCUCCUUAUUCUGUUCUGUAAAAACGACAAGGUUUUGCUGUGCGACAUCUGUAGUGGUUCACGGCACAUGAACCACAAUGUUGUCACCGUGGAGCAAGCAUACAAAGAGAUGAAGGAUCUGUUGAAAGACACAGAGGCUAAAGUGCAGCACAUGAGCCAGCAAAGGCAGCAGAAGGUAAGAGCCAUGGAGGAGUCACUGAAACAGAGAAGGAGAGAAACCGAUGAUGUGCUAGCAAACAGCGAGCAGGACUUAACGGCACUGGUGUCUGAGAUUCAGAAAAGCCAGAUGGAGCUGGUAAAGGUGAUGGAGGAGAAGCAAAAAGAUGCAGAAGAAGAAGUGAAUAGUCUUAUUAGUGAUAUGGCGCGGGAGAUCGCUGAGCUGCAGAGGACAGCGAUGAAGCUGAGGGAGCUGAAACAGACCAAAGACCAGCUCUGUUUCCUCCAGAAAUUCCCAAACUCAUGUUCUCUGCCUCAGAUGAUGGACUUGUCCACAUUCAGCUUGAACAGACACCUGAAGAUACAGCAUGUACGGAAAUUUAUGAGCAGCUCAGUGUCUCAACUGCAAAUGUUGGUGAAUAAAAUGAACACAGAAAUAAAAAGAUUCACUGACGGUACAGGCGUGUCAGAAGCCCUCACGCUGAGAUACAUGCAGCAGUACGAAGUGAACAUCUUCCUCGAUCCUGAUACGGCUCACCCUCUGCUUGUUGUAUCUGAGAAUGGGAAACAGGUGAGAUACACCAUGGGUUCAGGUGUGUGGGAGGUCUCGAGCCUGAACCCAGACAUGUUUAUGGAGCAUCUUGCUGUUCUGGGACAGAUAGGCUUCUCAUCUCGUAAGUUUUACUUUGAGGUGUUUGUCGGUCCAAAGACCGAAUGGUGUCUGGGCGUGGCCACGGCUUCGCUCCCGAGGAGAGGGGGGCUCGCUCGGACGCCUCAGUGUGGACUCUGGGUCAUCUGGUUCCUGGAGGAUAAAUUUGAAACCUACUGUUCUCCAGGCGUGCCAGUACACUGGGGGAAAGUGGAGAGGGUCGGCGUGUUUGUGGACUAUGAUGGAGGACAAAUAUCAUUCUAUGACGUACAGACCACAACACUUAUUUACUCCUUUACCGAGUGUUCCUUCACUGAGGAGCUGUAUCCCUACUUUAAUCCUUGUGACAAUGAAUAUGGCUCAAACUUAGGCCCAAUGAUAAUUGUUCCUGUGAGUGACGUGACGUGAACUGAGGCUUAAGAGACUCAAAUGCAACUGAUGUUUCAUUAAAUCACACCUUAUAUCAAACCAGGACUUUCAGCCUUUAUAAUCAUAAAGCAUUAAUGGAGAGAAAUCAUUUUCGUGUGUAGCCUAAGUAUACUGGCACUAGGUUUUUACAACAUUAACCAGUUGUAUAAUAAUGGCUGAUUAUGUUCUAAAGAUCUGUGAUGUUUCACAGGUGUGAUGCGUUCAGACGCUUUGUUACAGAACAUAUUUGGACAUUGUCGUGUGUGUUUGUUCAUUGUUUAUAGAAUAGCAUCCACUUCCUGGUGCCUACAGGAGGAGUUAUAGAAGUUCACAUUAAUAAACACUUAGAUCUGCAACUGCUUCAAACUUAUAAACACUAUAUUAAAUAUUUAUGCAUGAAGUCGUCUCUUGUUUUUAAUUCCUACCCUACGCUAACAUGUUUAAAUCAUGUUUGUUUUUAUGAGCUAUAUCUUGUUGCUGUUAACAUUUGUUGGUGGUGAUGAGCUAAAUAAUGUUUUAGGCUCUUUAUUCACUGUAAUAGAAUAAAACUUUUCUAUUUAGCUUGAUGAAAGUACAAAAACAUUACAUGACAAAACCAGGCAGCAUUUCCAUCACCAUUUUAAAACAUUUCUUGGUUUAUUUCUAUUUUCACUCUGUGUGUUUGCAUUUUCACAAUUUGUAAAUCUCGCUUCCUCCUCCAUCCCUGUCCUGCACGUCUCAUUCAAGCUCUUUGAUUCAUAACACCCAAAGCGCGCGCACACACACACAACACUUGUCGCUGCCAACACCCUCCUCAUCGCCACGACAACGGCACUCUGCCCAUCGCCAUGGGAACGCUCAGUCUCCCUGCUCCCAUAAUCCAUUUCCCAGCAACAAUGAGCAUUUGACACGGUUCACACUCGGAGGCUUGCUGUAAGGGGGGUGGGUGUGUGGCAUCUUCUACACAAAACCUGCACACAAUAAAUACAGAAUAUGGAAGAAGUACCGUUUCUUAAUGUUUCACCUCCUUUUAUUAGGCUAAAAUGUAAAAUGAUUGAUCUCUUUUUCCAAGGUUUCCUCCAUUUGUUUGUGCUUACAAAAAGUUAAAAUGUAAUUAAUGUAAUGACUAUUGUAAUUUGACUUAACAGCCUGCUUUUAAUCAGAAAGCUUAAAAAUAUUAUAGAACCUUUCCAGACAGACCUAAAUUAGAAUCAGUAGACUGCAUCAAUCGUCAGUCAAACACUGGAGGGACAAGCCUAAGUAUUUCAUUAUUAACUCUUCAACUAGCAGCUGCAUGUCACAGAAACACAGACCACACACACAGAGGUGGAAAAAGACCAUGCACCACACAGCAAACAGGGGGUGCAUGUGCACAGAAGGGAAAAAGUAACAGACCGGCAGUGACUGAUGUGGUUUUUCUUUUUCAUUUGUAAAUAUGUUACAGUAAAGUGAGCUGCAAGAGGCCAAACUGUUGCAUACCAUGUGUCCAAGAAAUGACAGUGAAAAAACACCACAAAUGUUCUCUAUUUGUCUUGUUUGUAAAUCUGAUAAAACAAUCAGCUUUGU